AGAGAGAGAAAGGCUGCAAGUCGAGGCGGCCGAAGGAGGGGAGACGUCGUCGGCCGGCCAGUUCGGGAAGAAGUUUCUCCUCUCAGACGCUCCGAUCCAGCCUCUCCUUUGUUAUGAAGCGGCGCGAAUAACCGUCCGAGGGCUGACGUCGCCGCUCUUUGCUGGCUCCGCCGGUCAGCCCGAAGGCGAUCCCGGCGCCGGCCGUCCUCUCGGCGGAGUUGGGCGCUUGGGGGGCAGCGGCUCCCCUCCCGGAGAAGCCCGGCCCGGCCCGGCCCGGCCCGGAACUCCCUUGCUCCUGACUCGCUUCCUUGGCGGGAGGCUCUUCUUGGCUGGGUUGGCCGGCUGGGCGGCCGGCGGGCGGGCAGGCAGGGGGUUCCUGCUGUUCCUGCCGCUGCUGCCGCCGCUGCUCGGGCUCCAGCCGGGCGGAGCUGGGGGAAGCGGCGCCCGUCGGACUUCUUCGCCCUCGCGGGCCCUGCAUGAGCGCCGGUUGCCUCUGAGCGCCCGCCCGCCCGGCUUGCCCGGCCGAACCCUUCGCCGCUGCGCCCCCGCCGCCGCCGCCGCCGCCGGCCAAGCCGCUUGAAUGUACAACAUGAUGGAAAGCGACCUGAAGCCUCCCGCCCCCCAGGCGGCUCCGGGGGGAGGCCCGGGGGGGAACAGCAACGCCGGGGGGGCCAACAGCCAGAAGAACAGCCCCGACCGGGUCAAGAGACCCAUGAACGCCUUCAUGGUCUGGUCCCGCGGCCAGCGGCGGAAGAUGGCCCAGGAGAACCCCAAGAUGCACAACUCGGAGAUCAGCAAGCGCCUGGGGGCCGAGUGGAAACUUUUAUCCGAGGCGGAGAAGAGACCCUUCAUCGACGAGGCCAAGCGGCUGCGCGCCUUGCACAUGAAGGAACACCCGGAUUACAAAUACAGGCCCCGGCGGAAAACCAAGACGCUGAUGAAGAAGGAUAAGUACACGCUGCCGGGAGGGCUGCUGGCCCCGGGCUCCAACGCCAUGGGCGCCGGGGUCGGCGUGGGGGCCCCGCUGGGCGCGGCCGGCGUCAACCAGCGGAUGGACAGCUACGCGCACAUGAACGGCUGGACCAACGGCGGCUACGGGAUGAUGCAGGAGCAGCUCGGCUACCCGCAGCACCCGGGACUGAACGCGCACAACGCCGCCGCCGCCGCCGCCGCCGCCGCCCAGAUGCAGCCCAUGCACCGCUACGACGUCAGCGCCUUGCAGUACAACUCCAUGGCCGGCUCGCAGAGCUACAUGAACGGCUCGCCCACCUACAGCGGCAUGUCCUACUCGCAGCAAGCCACCCCGGCCAUGGGGCUGAGCUCCAUGGGCUCCGGGGUCAAGACGGAGUCCAGCUCCAGCCCGCCCGUCGUCACCUCCUCGUCCCACUCCAGAGCUCCUUGCCAAGGCGGAGACCUCCGGGACAUGAUCAGCAUGUACCUGCCCGGAGCCGACGUGGCGGAGCCGGCCGCCCCCAGCAGACUGCACAUGUCGCAGCAUUACCAGAACGCACCUGUGCCGGGAGCGGCGAUAAACGGCACGCUGCCUCUGUCCCACAUGUAAGACCCGGGGGGGGCGGCGCGGGAGGGGGGGGCUCGGCAGGAAGGAAGGAGCGCGAGAAACCCGUAACCCAGCGACAAACUUUUCUUAGCAAGGUUGGACUCUUUCUGCCUUUUCACCCCCCCCCUUCUUCCUCUCCUCUUUUUCUGGGGCGGGCGGGGGAGGGGGCAACUAUUUUUGUACAGAGAAUAACUAGGUAGGGGAAAGCAGAUCGCGUACAAAGUCAGCAAGGAAAGGGUAAGCAAGACAUAAAAUAAUAAUAAUAAUAAUAAUAUUAAUAACCCACCCAGGAAACUUGUACAGUUUUUCCACCACACCCUCCCCCCUCCUCUCCGCUCGGAGAGGGAUCGGCUCCACUCAGCUUGUUUUGACCCCCAACAAACAUUUCUCUCUCUUUCCCCCCCCCCCCAGAGAUACACACACACACACACGCGCGCGCGCAUCCAGUUCCAGUGAAAACGGUUACUUUGCAAAAAGUUUUUUUCUUUUUUUAAAAAAAAAGUUUUUUUUUUUAAAUCAAUAUUCUUUAGAACUAGGCUCCAGAAAGAGACGGAGGGAAAGACCAGGGACAGGGGAUGGGAAAUGUUUUAAUAUUUGCAAGCAACUUUUGUACAGUAUUUAUCAAAACAAACAUGGCAAUCGAAAAGUUCAUUGUUUAUAUUAAAAAGAGAGACGGGGGGGGGAACCCUGAGCAUUUGCCAAUUAUUUUUAAAAUACAACAAAAUCUGCUUAUGAUGCUGUAGUGAUUGCAAAUGAAUUUAUAGUAGGAACACACAGACAAAAAAAAUAAGGAAGUGAAUUUUACUUUAAAACGAAGAUCUGGGCAUUUUAAUUGUUUUAGCAAAUUGUACAAACGGCAAAAAAAAUGAAUAGAAUAAGUAAUUGCAUACCACCGAACUGUUUUGUUUUUGUUUUUAAUAAAAAAGGGCAACAGUUUAGGGUGUACUAAAUUUUUUUUACACAUUGUUAAAACAAACAAACCUUGUCUUGCAGGUCCACAUACUUUGUUAAUUUAAAUAGGCCUUUUUGUUUCCAAACUUUAUCCUGUUUGGCUAAAAGGACAACAAAAGAGCAACCUAAAACUGUGUUUGAAAUAUUUUCUUAUGGUUUGUAAUAUUUCUGUAAAUUUAUUGUGAUGACAUUUUAAGUUCUUUUAUUCCCCCCCCCUUCUCAUUUCCAGUAGUUGUACUUUAAAACUCGGCUGUGUAUUAUCUGAAAUCAGUCUGGCAACAAUCCUUCAUAUAUUUAUAUAUACAUAUGUGUGUAGGUAUGAACACACACAAGAAUAUGUAUAUAUACCAUAUAUAUUUGAACUAAUACCAUCCUUUUAAACAGGUUCAUAUUCAGCCUCAGUUUUUACACCAUUAUACACAGUUUGAGAUAAAUAAAUUUUUGAAAUAUGGACACUGAAA